GUACAUCAAAAUUGUACAUCAGUACAGUACUUGAGUAAAAGUACUUUGCUACUAUCCCCCACUGCUAAUGUGACGCACUAUCAUCCUCAAACAAAUAUAUAUUCCGCAAAGCGUAUUUGGCAAGAUUGACCCAAAGGAGAUUCCGUAGUUCCGUGCUAACACAGUUGUAAGGCUAUAGUGCUACAUUGUGACAGUUAUGUGCCGUUUCUCCGCAAGCAAUUGGACAAAUAAGUAAAAUAAACUCAGUAUUUAAUGUUUAAUUUUAAGUUUUGCUGUAGCUGAGUUUAUGUCGCACACUGGAGGUCAUUUCGUGUGAUUUGCUAACCUAGCGGUACAGUGUAUGGUAGGUAGCUAGCUAGCUGUUUAACCAACGACAACGUCAUUAGAAGAGAAUCAGAAACAGACGCCGAGACAAAAAGGAGCCUCUGCUGUCAGUGAGAAAUAAACCACCUGCUCUGCCACGAUGAACGUCGCUAAAAGUGGUUAUCGUGUCUUUUCCGCAAACUCCUCCGUAGCAUGCACAGAAUUGGCAAAGAAGAUAACGGAGAGACUGGGAGUUGAACUGGGGAAGUCUGUGGUCUUUCAGGAAUCUAACAGAGAAACUAGAGUGGAUGUGAAAGAAUCAGUUCGUGGACAAACUAUCUUCAUCAUCCAGACCAUACCGCGAGAUGUAAACACGGCUAUUAUGGAGCUGCUGGUAAUGGCCUACGCCCUCAAGACCUCUUGUGCAAAGAACAUCAUUGGAGUCAUUCCUUACUUCCCCUACAGCAAACAGUGCAAGAUGAGGAAGAGGGGCUCAAUAGUUAGCAAGUUGUUAGCUUCAAUGCUAGCGAAAGCAGGGAUAACACAUAUUAUCACCAUGGACUUGCAUCAGAAGGAGAUCCAGGGCUUCUUCAGCUUCCCAGUAGACAACCUGCGUGCCUCUCCUUUCUUGAUUCAGUACAUCCAAGAAGAGAUUCCUGAUUACAGGAAUGCCAUCAUUGUGGCCAAGUCACCAUCAGCAGCAAAGAGGGCGCAGUCCUAUGCAGAGCGCCUGCGUCUGGGUCUGGCUGUGAUUCACGGCGAGGCUCAGUGUUCAGAGUCCGACAUGGCUGACGGCAGACACUCCCCACCUUGUGUACGCAACACCACCGGACACACAGGACUGGAGCUUCCUCCAGGCAAACAACAAGCUCCGUUCCCCGGCAUAGAGCUCCCAAUAAUGAUGGCCAAGGAGAAACCCCCCAUCACUGUAGUCGGAGACGUGGGAGGGAGGAUUGCCAUCAUUGUGGAUGACAUUAUAGACGAUGUGGGAGACUUUGUUGCAGCUGCAGAGAUCCUGAAAGAGAGAGGAGCGUAUAAGAUUUAUGUCAUGGCCACACACGGCUUACUGUCGGCCGAUGCUCCACGCCUCAUCGAGGAAUCCGCCAUCGAUGAGGUGGUGGUAACCAACACAGUCCCCCAUGAAGUACAGAAGCUACAGUGUCCCAAAAUCAAGACGGUGGACGUCAGCAUGAUAUUAGCUGAGGCCAUCCGGCGCAUCCACAACGGAGAGUCCAUGGCUUACCUGUUCCGCAACAUCACCACGGACGACUAAAGCUCAGAGGGAGAGGAGGGAGAGGUGGGUGGGACAGGGACUGAAGCAGGAGCACUUCUACCCAGUGCUGAAAAACAUGCUAACGCCAUGAUCCAUGUGUUGUAUGUCAGGACUACAUGUAUCAGUUAAAGAAGUUAAAAAAGUUAAUACUAUCUAGUUAUUAAAUUAAACUUCUUUUCAAAAGGUGUAAACAUGUGCAUUUUUAGUUUGAGAAAACCUGACAAAAUGGCAAACUUUGAUGUAUUCAGUCAUGUUUUGAAGCCACUCCUCGUCACGCUGCGGUUUUCCAACUUUUGCAAAAAAUGCUUUAAAUUUAAACAAUUAUUUUGUCUUACGCUGCGCCGUUACCUCAUCUAAGGAAUGAGCUUCAACAGCAAUACAUAAGAGAAACAGUUCUCCAGUAUCAAGCGUUUGUGCUUUACUAACAAUUCUCCAUCUGUGACGGGGCUGUGACAUCUUUGUAUUAAAUGCGUGUUUUAUUUCAAACCACAGAGUCAACACUGCUUAUCGUUGCCCGGAUUGAUCUUAUGCACCUUUUUUUUGAAUAUUUGGAUGCUUGGUCAAAUGUCCUAUGUGACACAAAAAGGUUUUCAACACUGGUAGAAAUGAAUGGAUAAUACGUUUAUGUUGUGUAUAUAUUAGGGGGGUUAGUUCAACUAAAUUAUGACAACAUAUGUUUCCCUACCUUCUGUUAGAGAACAUAGUUUUGGUUAAGUGCUUCUGUUUGUUUCUGCUGGUACCUCUGUGCAGUGGAGGUUAAUGGAAUCUCAUUUAUGGUCCUCAAAGUUUUUAUAUGCUUUGUUUGAAAAAGUAAAAUGAGCGGCUCAAACAAUGUUGAAGUCUUAAGCUUGAGUGUUGAACCAGCACCUGAAUGUAAUGUGGUCUUUGAGUGGCUCCAUGCUUAAGGUGCAUCACUUUUUAGAAAGACAACCAAGAAAAAAUGUGGUUGUUUAUGUACUGAACCAAAGUAAUUGGAAACUGAUGGCUGCUUGAAAGGAAGGAUGUGCAAAAAAAUAGCCAGCAUUAAUGUGAAAUAUGUGCGUAUUUACUCAACUGGCGAAAAAAGCACUGUAGUCUUGAUGUACAUGGACAACAUACUUUGAUAUUUUCCCAUUUAAAAACUGUGAACAAGCACCCCCUUUGUGCCCUCUGAAUAAACUUCAAGGUGUGUAUUUCUGUGAGGUUCAAGCCUUCUGCUCAGGGAAAUAUACUGAAAAAAAACCACAAUUAUUCGUUCAACGUUUGUUUCCAUUUCACAUGUUGAUAUGUUUCCCAUACUGAAUGCCUUUUGCUACGUUUUGUUGUAAUUAUGGAUACUGGGAUUCUCCUGAUGUGCUAAUCGAUGGGUAUUUUCGAUCCUUAAUGCACAAUGGUGUUGUAUUGGCACAGAUGUGAAGGUUGUCGAUAUUAAAUGCUGUUGCUAUGCAGACUCAAAUGUUAUCCGUCACUGGUGUACUAAAUGUCGUUUACGAAUAAAAUGUUCCCCUGACUUGAA